AUGUGUCUUGCCUCGUGUCAAAUGCUAUCUAACCUUGAUAACAGGGAACGCGACACUAUGGAUCAACGCAUUGGUUCUAUCGACGACGUGAUUGCAGCUGCCACCAAAUUGGUGUUUGGCAAUAUUAACGGCCUCCACUCGCCUGCCAACAUAUGA